AUGCCAUCCUCCGUUGAGUCAAGCCAGGUCGAUUUCCUUAUUGUUGGCGCCGGUCCCGUCGGGUUGCUAGCUGCCAAUCUCAUUGUUCAAGCCGGAUUUACCGUGCGUAUCCUUGACAUCGAAUAUGAACCCAACCACUGGGGUCGUGGUGACUGGAUCCAUGGACGUACCUUGGAAUUGCUCGAAAAGGCAGAUCUUGCCUCCGAAUUAUUAAAUACCGGUGUGAAAGUGGAAAAGAUGUCGUCCUAUAUGAAUGGACAGUUGAAAUCCUCGUUACCGUUUGUACCGGAUGAAGUAGAGUCCAAGCACCAAUACCUCCUGUGUGUCGGACAACACAUCACCGAAUCUAGUCUUCAAAGUCAACUAUCACGCACCGAUGUGCAGGUGGAACGGCCAGCCACAGUGGUUCAGAUGAAACAGAGCAGUAAUACCGACUAUCCGGUACGAGCAACAGUGAUGCAUAUGCAAGAUGCUGUGACGGAGGAAGUGGAAUGUCGAUAUAUUCUGGGAUGCGAUGGAGCGCACAGUGAUAUCAGGAGUCAGUUGGGAAUUGUGAACGAAGGCGAGACCACCGAAACCCAUGCCGGGGUGGUAGAUGCGUUAGUGCGAACGAAUUUCGGUGGACGCAGGGAUGUAUGUAUUCUGCAGAGUGAAAUGGCCAAAACAAUUAGCCUGUUUCCAAGAGAAAAUGGCUUGACCCGUAUUUUUGUCCAUUUCAACGAAAACGAGCACGAUCUGCGCAAGGAACAACACAACCGAAACAAGAUUCAGCUGGAGGAUAUACAGCGUGAAGCGAAGCGGGCAUUGUUACCCCACCGACUUGAGUUCCUAGGUAUCUUGUAUUGGUCUGUGUACGUCGUCGGUCAGCGUGCGGCAGCUGAAAUGGAUGCUUUUGACGGCCGUGUAUUCCUCUGCGGUGAUGCUGCUCAUUGUCAAAGCCCUACACUUGGUCAAGGCAUCAACACAGGUUUUGGUGAUAUUUUCAACUUGAUAUGGAAGCUUUGCAUGAUUGAACGUGGCGUUUUGAAACGCGAGGUGACGGCCACCUAUGCUUCGGAACGACGACCCGUAGCUUUACAGGUAUUGUCGAUUGACAAAACCGCCGCCAAGGCCGCAGCAGGCAAUCAAUCGGAAGAUUACUGCAAUACAGUGGAAGCCAAUCGUGCAUUUACAACGGGGUUCGGUAUUCAGUACAAGGACGAGACCGGCAAGAACCCGUUACUAUGGUCGCCGCCUUCAACAGAAAAAGAACUCAAACUCCAAGCUGGUAUGCGAGCUCCCGAUUACAAGGUGAUCCAUUAUGCCACAGGGCAGAAAGUACGACUGUCACAGUACCAAUCACAAACGGAUGUGCCCAGCUGGUUAUCGUUCUCAUUUAUCAUCUUGGCCGGUCAACUAACAGCCACUGCAAGUGAAGUGGAAAAGGUGUUGACGUGGAUCAACACAGCGUCGAUGCCCCCAUGGAAUGUGUAUGUAGUAACAACCACACCAUCCGACGCCAUCGCCAGUUGCAAAGGAGCGAUAUCCGAAGAAAGCAUCAUGUUGGAUAAACUCAAUCGGUCGCAAUGUCAUCAAGGAUACAGUCAUGGUCAAGCUUCGGAAAAGAAUUUAACCUUUGUUAUUAUUCGGCCAGAUGGCUAUAUCGGCAGUAUUCAUCGUCAGGGCACAGGUGACAGCGGUAUCCAGCAUAUCCAGGAGUACUUUGACAGAAUAAUGCCUGUAACUAUUCGCUAA